AUUUCGUUAAAUUGGUAUAUCAAUAUGGCGGCCUUUUGUUGUAUUUAUUGUUUCCGAGGCACGUAUGUCAUUAACUGCUUCAAUUUUCAGUUUUUAUUAUUUUAUUAAAGUUUUCAUUCUUUAAAUAAUGAAGUUUUAUUAAUCCUUUUCUUCCGAGAUGCGUGAUUUCUUGUGAAUUCCAUCGAGUAUUUGAUGUAAAAACAAUGUGCGAUCAAACGGAAGUACCCUAUUUGGCAGGUAACAUCGUCUGGGUGAAAUUAGGCCCAGUUUGGUGGCCUGGUAAAGUAUGCAGCGAAGAAGAAAUACCACCGGAGGUUCUAAAAGAACUCAGGAAGAAACCAAUCGCCAUCGUGAAGUUCUUCCAAGAAGAAUCAUUCGAAUACGUCAAGAAGUUAUCGAACAUUUAUCAUUAUAAUUGUUUGAAGAAAGACGAAUUCAUAAAAAAAGGCCUCGAUAUGUGCCGAUCAAAUAAUCGAGACACACCAUCGAAUAUGAAACUGUUCCCGGAAGAUAUAACCACAGCGGAAAUAUUAACCGGAGGCGAUCCGAAUAUAAUCCACGAUGAGAAAUUCUUACCGGAAAAGAAACCCUCGUACGCGGCUGAUUUCGCGCCUACGCCUAAAAAGACACCUAAAAAGAUGAAAAUCGAACGUAAGAAAGAAACUCCGACACCGAAACCGGCCACACCUCGUGUAAUCACCCAUCCUCGUUUUAUUCGGCACGGUGUUUGCGAUUACGAAGCUCGCGAACGUAAACAAGUGCCUUUACGAGCCGAAUGCGACGAAGAAGAUACUUCUCCACCGACCACGUACCGUUGUCCGGAUUGCGACUUCACCACCAUUCGUUUAAACGUAAUCGUAUUACAUAACAAGUCGCACGUUCGAAACUACGCAUCUCAGCAUACGUCAGUCAAAGGAAUCAAACGUAAGAGCACGUCUACCAUUCGACACAAAGAGAAACGCCCAGCCAUUGAGAGAAAAUCGACUGAUAUAGCUAAACCUAAAACGCCCAAAGUGCAGACUAGUGAAAAACCAAAAACACCUCAAAAGAAAUCUCCGGUGAGCCUUACUCAGCCUAAAGAGUCAUCCGCAGCGACACCACCAAAGUCGGUCGAGGUUCAUAAACCGAUAUCGAAAAAGCGAAAACAGCCUCAAGCGAACACAGACGAGUUCCAGAACUCGUUACUGGAAGAUUGGGCUGAAUUCGAGAACGAACAAGAAGUCAACGACGAUAGCACCGUAUCGGAAGAGUUGAACGAAAGCACAGCUUCGAGUAGUUCGAAAACUGGUAAAUCGUGUUUCGAUUUCGACGAUUCCGAGGACGGACUGGUGAUCGACAGAUCGAAAAUCCGAGCAGGUCGUAAAAUCCCUCGAGUAUUGGAGGAUAAAGACGAAGACUCGAAUGCGUUCAGCGAGCCGUCUACAUCGAUGGAUGAUCAAAUCAGCCCAUCGGAUGGUAAUCGUAACGGUAUCGAUUCGAACGACGACCAGGAGUACGAGGAAACUCGUAAAACUAGCCAAUUACAAGAGAUGGGUGUCGAUAACGAGAUCGAAAUCGAUUCCGAAGACGUGAACGAUACGAAAGACGAGAACGACGAAAUCGAUCAAGCCACCAUUGAUAUCCCACUACCACCCGAACCUGAUCAAAAGGAUCCCGAGAAGGAACGCGCAGCCGAAGAAUUGAAACAGAAAGUCGACAAACUACUCGAAGAAAUCUCAACCCCAUCUAAACUACCCGACGUUCCGUAUUCGGUGAAAAAAGCGCACAUCAAAUCGUUCAACGAAUCCGAAGAACUGGCUCGAAGAGAAGCUGAAAAAUUACAAGCCGCCGAAGCAGCCAAAACCGAGCCUGUUCAAGAUUCAAAGCCUCCCAAACCCGAACCUCAAAUCGUACCGGAAACCAAACCAGAACCGGUACAAAUUUACGAAACCGAAAUCGCAGAUAUUCCCUUACCCGAAAAUUCGCAACCAGAAUCAAAACUUUCUCAGCUACAGCUAACUCAACAGAUCAACGAACUCACCCCUGAACCGGCAAUCAUCGAAGAGGUGGCUCAAACCGUCACCAAUUCCGACGCGAAAGUUGCAGCUACACCGACACCUGCACUUGCACCUGCACCUGCAGCUCCUGUUGUAUUAGCCAAGUCAACCGUUGCUCAAGAACCAGCUCAUGUUAAUGCUGAACAGAACGCCAAACCGAUUAAAAUAGUUGUCGGAUCUUCUAAUCAGAUCGUAUUAUCUGCGGCUUCGGCCACCAACGCGACUCCGGUGAAAACCAUCUCGACCGGACAAGUCAAAUUAGUCACGACGCCCAAGUUUAAAAUCAUCAAUCAAACAGAUCUAAGUAAAGCUGUCGGAUCACCUACCAAAGUGCUCGCUGCCACUACAGCUACCUCGGUAGACGGUAAAGCUGGCCCUCAACCUAUCAUAAACAAGCUUCAAAGCGUCGACGGUAAAACCAUCCUCAGCCUGUCGCCUCAGAAAUUCAUCAUCAAUAAGAAUAAAUCGAUGAUAAUCGACGCGAAACAACUUCUAAACUGUCAAACCACCUCUGGCCAAAAAAUACGUUUCUUGGGGCCGAAUAUUUUGCAAAAAACCGCCGCCGUACGUGCUCAAGUGACAGCAGCAGUAACAGGCGUUAAAACACCCACCAAAAGUAUCACGUUACCUUCGAACUUAACCGGUGGCAAUGUAGUUGUAAUACAACCUAAAAAAUCCAUCGUCCUCGCUGGCACUGCCGCGUCGACUGAGUCGGCAUCCUCGAUGAUCAACUCGACCUCCUCAGCAGCUCCCAAUACCGCCACAGAAGUGACCUAUAUCGCAGACGACGCAACCGGCGUUAGUAAAAAUUACCAAGUAGUGAAUACCGUACCGGUCGCCUCAUCUGCCAACAGCACCGCUCAAAUAGUCACCGUCGACCUGAACCAGACUAAUAACUUGUAUAUUACCGAUCAAUCUGGUAACCUUAUCAUCUCCGAUGGCUCAGCCAACAAUCCACCUCCACCCAAAGAAGACAUUUUAGCAAAAGCUUUAGAAAAUACCGACGUGCUGCAAUCCGAUAUCGCCCUAUCCGAUGUAUCCCAAAGUGUCCUCGAUACCAUUAGCGUAGCUCAAAAUACACCUUUGACCACCUUCAAGACGGAUGCAAUUUACGAUACCAAUCUUACUCUCAACACGCCUCCCAUCAUGUCAUCGUUCGAGACACCCUCCAGAGCGCUGAAUCCGGCCGCCGUUCUUGCCGAAGCAGUAUCUAACGAAAUGAUUAUCCUCAACGAUAACAACGAAUUCGUUACGUAAACUCUUCAUUCAGCGUGCUGCGAACUGCGAAGCCACCUUUUAAAAAAAGUAUAGAACCGAGAGCGAAGCUCCAAAAAUAUGUACAGUAUCGCGCUCUGCGCUGUGCAGGAUUCGGUUGUUUAAAAUUUACCCUCCCUUCCCCCCUCCCCCACCUUUUAUGUAUUUUCUUACGAUGUGAACCUUAUAGUAUAUAUGUAUGCAGUUUUACAUAAUAUUUAAUAAGUUGAUGGAUUCUUUUAUUUUAUUUUUUCUUUCUUUAUGACUAAUAUAUUAUGUAAUGUAGUGAUGUGUAAAUUAUGUACAUUGUACAGCUUUAUCGCCCCCAUCCCUUCCCUAUGUUUUUUUUUAAAUUGUGCGUUUAUCGCCAGCCAUUUAGAACGUACACUGUUUCAAAUACAAAUUUAUCAUGUUU